AUGAAUGCUGAUUCAUUUGAUAUAGAUAUGAUUAAGGAUGCUAUCCUGAAUCUGAAAGAGCGCAAUGGUAGCAGUCGUCAGUCCAUCAAGAAAUAUGUUUUGGCAAACAACAAGAUUGCACCUGCAUCUACCAACGCCUUCGAUAGCCAGUUCAACAAGGCUAUCAAGGCAGGCGUUGAGAAGGGUGAAUUCACCAACCAAGGCAUGCUAUUGCCUGUGCCCUCUAAUCUGUUACCGUCGCGUCCUUCUGGACCCGUGAAGCUCGCCAAGAAGGAAGCUGCUCCUAAGCCUGCUGCCAAGAAGAGCACCACCACUGCCAAGCCGAAGAAGGCUACUGCCACUACUACUAAGAAGGCUGAGAAGGCCGAAAAGGCCGAGAAGCCUAAGGCGACCACCAAGAAGACUGGCACUACUACUGCCAAGAGGAGUGUCGGCAGACCCAAGGCAAACACUGCUAAGCCUCGCAAAGCAUCUACUGCUGCCCCUGCCGUUGUCGACCAACCCAAGGUCAUCGGCAAGACGAAGUCCGGUCGUGUGACCAAGACGACGGCCAAGCCUGAAAAGGCCACCAAGAAGUCUACCAAGAAGGCCUAAAGCCAAUGUCUGGCAGAACAUAUUUUUGAGCGACUAGUUGAUUUCCUGUUCGAUUUGGUUGACUUGAC